AUGGCAAAAUAUGGGGAAGAGCCAUGUAGUUUUACCUAUGAUGUUUUCCUCAGUUUUAGAGGUGAAGAUACAAGGCACAUAUUUAUAGCACCUCUUCGUAGAGAGUUGCGCCUUAAGGGAAUUAGCACUUUUGUUGAUGAUGAGAAUCUGAGGAUAGGGGAAGGUAUUUCACCUUCCCUUCGCAAAGCCAUUGAAGAAUCUAGGAUUCUAAUCAUUGUGUUAUCUGAAAAUUAUGCAUCUUCGAGAUGGUGCCUUGAUGAACUUGUCGAGAUCGUAAACUGUAUCAAGAGGAACAACAAACAACUUGUUUUCCCAAUUUUUUACCAUGUAGAUCCUACAGAUGUAAGGCAUCAGAAAAAUCAUUACAGGGAAGCCAUGAACGCACACGAGGAUAGGUUUGGCAAAGACUCAGAGAAAGUGCAGGCAUGGAGAUCUGCUUUGACUGAAGUAGCUAACUUAAAAGGGCACCAUAUUAGUGACGGGUAUGUGCCUAAACCUUUACAUAUUGAUCAGAACCCAGUUGGACUUGAGUCACGCACAGAAGCGGUGAAGUUACUUUUAGACAUGAAGCCUCAUGAUGACACUGUAUGCAUGUUGGGCAUAUAUGGAGCUGGAGGAAUAGGGAAAACAGCACUUGCACGAACUUUGUAUAACAAGAUUGCCCACGAAUUCGAAGCCGCAAGUUUUCUUGCCAAUGUUAGAGAGAAAUCAAACAAAAUCAAUGGUAUUGAAGAUCUGCAGAAAACACUUUUAUCAGAGAUGUUGGUGGAGUUGGAAACGGAGUUGGGCAGUACAAGUGAAGGAAUCUCUGAAAUAAAACUCAAGCUUCAGGGGAAGAAUGUUCUUUUGGUUCUUGAUGAUGUUGAUGACAAAGAAAUGUUAGAAAAAUUAGCAGGAGGAUGUGAUUGGUUUGGUUCAGGUAGCAGGGUCAUUAUAACAACAAGGGACAAAGAUUUGCUAAUUGCUCAUCAAGUUGAAAAGAAAUAUGAAAUGACAGAACUUGAUGAUCAGCAUUCCCUUCAGCUCUUUUGUUUGAAUGCCUUCAAAAGGAGCUAUCCUCCAACAGGUUUUGAAGAUUUAUCUUCUCGUGCAGUUGGUUAUGCACAGGGUCUUCCAUUGGCCUUAAAAGUAAUAGGCUCUGAUUUGGCUAUGGCACAAAGUUUAGAUGCUUGGGAAAGUGCAUUGAAAGAAUACGAGAGGAUUCCAAAAAAGAGCAUUCAAAACGUGCUCAAAAUAAGCUUUGAUAGAUUGGAGGAAAAUGCUCAGCGGGUUUUCCUUGACAUCGCUUGCUUCUUCAAAGGGGAGAGAAAAGAGUCUGUUGAAAAGAUACUUGAGGAUCAAUCUGUCACUGAAAUGCCUGAUGUGUCCGAGGUUCAAAAUUUAAUUGAACUGAGACUUGAUAAUUGUAAGAACCUAAUUGCGGUUCAUGAAUCUGUUGGAUUUCUCAAAAAUCUUCUUCACUUAAGCGUUUCGGAAUGCACCAAACUCAGAAAUUUCCUGCAAAGAAUGUUUCUACCAUCUCUGGAAGUCCUUGAUCUUAAUUUAUGCGUAAGCCUUGAACACUUCCCAGAUGUAGUAGAAAAGAUGACAAAGCCAUUGGAGAUUUACAUGAUAAAUACUGCUAUUAAGGAACUGCCACAUUCUAUUGGUAAUCUUAUCGGGCUUGUUUGUAUAGAGAUGCCAAGUAGCAGGAAACUCAGAUAUCUACCAAGUAGCUUAUUCAUGUUGCCAAAUGUUGUUGCCUUUAAAAUGGGAGGAUGUUCUCAACUUCGAGAAUCCUUCACAAGGUUCAUAGAGGGUCCUUCAGCAGCAGAAGGUUGUUCACCAUUACAAAGAUUGUAUUUCGACAAUGGUGGUUUGUCAGAUGAAGAUCUUCAUGCAGUUCUCAAAUGUUUUCCAAAACUAGAAGAGUUGAUUGCAUCAGAAAACAAUUUUGUAUCUCUUCCUGCUUGCAUUAAAGAAUCUGUUCACUUGACAAGUCUCGAUGUGAGUGUUUGCAAGAAUCUUAAAAGAAUUCCUGAAUGCACUGACUUGAGAAUUCUUAAUGUCCAUCGCUGUGUGAAGCUUGAGGACAUUUCAGAUUUGCCAUCUACUAUUCAGAAAGUAGAUGCAAGAUACUGCUUCUCCUUAACUAGAGAGACGUCAACCAUGUUAUGGUCUCAGGUGUCAAAAGAGAUACGUGGAUUAGAAGAUGUGAAUGAAAUGGCAAAACAAUCUCGUACGCAACUUGUUGAGCUCCACUUGUUUAUCAAUGGUCGAUGUGUGCCUCGCAAAGGCUAUUACAACUUCAGAAUUGCAGCAGAUCAUGUGUUACUUUGUGAUCUGAGACUUUUGUUCAGCGAUGAGGAGUGGCAUGGUCUUGAUGCAUUUCUUGAGCAUGAUUGGAACAUAGUGCAGGUUUCGUAUGCAGCCACCUUAGCACUAAGUUGUUGGGGAGUUUAUGUGUACAAACAAGGAACCGAAGUCGAUGAUGUCCAAUUCAUGUGUCCUGAUCCCGAGUACUCAGAUAUAGCUAACAUAUCACGGACAAUAAUUCCUACAAGGGAUUCUAAGAUGGAAAAAAUGAAGAUGAUAGAGAGCUCAGGUCUAGAAAGAAUGUUUGAUCGAAUGUUGAUUGAAACCAUGAACUACGAAGAACGAGAGGGUUUUGCAGAUAAAGAUUUUUCUAUGGAGGCACAUCAAGUUCUAAUGGGAGGUUUGAAGAAGAUAUCGAGUCAGGCUAAGGAUUUAUUAGAAUCCAAUGGAAAAGGAUCAGCUCUAGAAGGUAAAAAAUCCACCCUUGAAUGGUUGCUAGACACUAUUAAUAAAGGUGAUGAGGUAGAUGGGCCUGGAGUCUUUUUUCAUGAGGAUCUUGCAGUGAUGCGUCUAAAGGGUGAUGAAUUGAAGCCUUCUAUGGGAAGCGGCAGCGGUCCCCAUCAACUAGAUAUGGGAAGAUUUUUGGAAGGAAUGUCGAAGCGUCGUAUGGAUGAAGGAGAAGCUUCAAUCUCUCGCCAUCAGGGAAGUGGCCGCGAUCCCCAACAACUAGAUAUGGGAAGAUUUUUUGUUGAUAUGUUUAAUUCUCCUAUAAAUAUAGGAGAAGCUUUAAGCCCUGGACAUCAGGGAAGUGGCAGCGAUCCCCAACAAGAACAAAUAUUGAUGGGAAUAUUUUGGGAUGGAAUGGAGGAUGGACUUCUUGAAGCACAGAAUAGCUUUCCUUCUCUAGAUAUAGAGACAACCAGAUGUGCUGCCUUAAACAAGGGUAAUAGGGUUGCAUGGUCACUGCCAGAGUCAGGGGUACUAGUACUACCCCAAGUAGAAGAGAAGACAUACAUAGAAGGAAUCUUUAAUGGACUCAUGGAAGCAAAGCAAAGCUUUCCUACUCUUGAUAUAGAGGCAACACUAAAUACCGUGUUAAGUAGGGCGAUCCUUAAAGUACCUACUGAAGCACCACCUGUGAUUCCACAAGUAUUGGAUUCGACUACAGUGAUGGUUCCUUGCUCUGACGAUCCUUUGUUGCAAGCAUUCAUGAUGAUGAAGCCGGAAAGUUGUGAAUCUGAGGCCAAGAGUAAACUAUAUUGCAAGUUGAAGGAGGAACACAAAGCACUGCGCCAGAGAUUUGAAGAAUUUGAAAAUGAAAGCGUUGAUCAGAAUAAAGAUACUGAUGCAGCCAGCUAUUGGAAAAAUCAAUAUGAUGAAUUGCUUGAGAAAUUCAACACUCAAUCUGCUGAGCUUAUUUCAAAGAAGAAUCACAACCUUGAUGGUACUGAUGAUGCCGAAGCGAAGGCAACAAAUAUUUCUGACUCAAAUUCUGCUUUGAUUAGCACAGAGAUGCACACAGCCAUUGGAAUAGGAGGCUGCAAAGGUGUUGCAAAGUAUGAGAAGCUGGCUGCUGUUUUGAAGGGAAGGGAUGAAGAGUUACGGAGGCUUUAUGAUGCUGGCAUUGAAGGCUUCCAUAACUCGGAAGAGUUUCAAGAUCUGAUGAGUGCUAUAUACUUGAAUGGACUUAGGGAUGGUAUCCUUGAAGCACAGGCGAUCUCACUUGCUCUGGACAUGGAGAGAAUGAUUCCAGUGUUUAAGGAGAAUGAGAAACAUGCAACUGAUGAGGAGGAGGCUGCUAAAGAGGAACAUGUUACUGAUGAGGAGGCUGCCAAUGAGAAACGUGCAACUGAUGAUGAGGCUGCCCAAGAGGAACAUGUUACUGAUGAAGUUGCCAAGGAGAAACAUAUUGAGACUGCUGAUAAUGAAAAUCUUGAUGAAACAAUUGGUGCAGCAGAUAUUCCAGGUCCUACUGAUCCAGAAGUUUACAACUCUCCUGAGACUUCAAACCCCUCCAGCUCAUAG